AUGUCUUCGCUUAAAGUGUUAACAUUGGGUAAUAACCCUAAUAUAUUAUUAUACACAUCUCGUUUUCAAUUGGCUAAUAGUGUGGAUUUAUAUCAUAUUAGUACCACUGAUUCAAAUGUGUUUGAAAUAGAAACUCAUGCUUAUGGCACUGAGAGACUUGUAUUGCAGAAUCAUUACAAGUCUGUGGCUCAAUUGACUGAGAAAUCGAUGGACGCUGAAACAUUCGUCUUCGAUGUUAUUAUCGUUGGUGCUUCUUCAUUGCAAGAAUUAUCUACAUUGUCGAAUGAUUUGACCGAAUAUAUGAACAAUAGUACUAAAGUCUUUAUAGAAAGUACAGGUUUUGUUCAAUUAGAAUCAUUUGUUAAGAUGUCCAUGAACGUUCCACAGUUGAACAUUUUUAGCAUUUUGACAGAUUUCGAUAUUAGAGAGAUAGCAACAAAUAAAUUUAGACAAUUUAGAACCAAUGACCUAGGAUCAUCAACUAAUACCAUAUAUUUAGGUGAUUCCUCCGUAAAGUCAGCCGAGUAUGCGCCUGCAGUAAGGAAUCUUUUGAAGACCUUUGAAAGAUUGUUUCAAAAAUUAUUCCCUCGUGAUACUAUAAACCUUUGUAAUGAAAACCCUUCCAGAUUUUUAACCAUUCAAUGGAAUAUUGCUUUGCCAAUGAUCUGUUUCGAUCCAUUAUUGAUUCUCUUGGAAGAGACAGAUCCUCAACAUUUAAAAGAUCAAAUCCUAGCAAAACCUUUGAUUUCGGGUUUAGUCAGUGAAGUAUUAAAGAUUACUAAAUCGAUGAAAUUGAAAUUAACUUGGGAUAAUGAAAAUGAUUUAUUAGAUAAUUGGGGGAAAAUGUAUUCGGUACAUAAUUCAAUGCCUCCUUUAUUAUAUCAUUUCAUACAUAAGACAGCUCCUUUAAAUUUUGAUAUUAUCUUAUUGCAGGUAAUCUUAUUGGCAGAUGAUUUCAAUUUAAAGACUCCAUAUUUGGAAUUCUUAUAUUCUACUAUGAUACAAAUUCAAAAAUUGAAUGAUAAUAAAUCAAAAUGGUUUAUUAGAUCAGAGAAUAUUAAUCAAUCAAGUACAGAAGUAGCACAUUUAACUUCUCAAAAUAAAGUCAAUUUAAUCAAGAUUCAAGAAUUGAAUGAUACAAUUGAUAGAGAUCAAUCUCAAAUUCAAACAUUGAGGACCUCAGAGACUAAUUUGAAAAAUCAAUUAGAUUUGUUAAAGGGUAAAUUGCAAUCUUUUGAAAAAGAAAACUCAGGGUUGAUAUCUAAACAUGCAAACGAGAUUAAAAAGUUACAAAUCGAAUUACAAAAGAGUUCAGUUAAUGAAUCUGACAGUCAACAACCAUUGACCAAGAAUAAUUUGAAUGGUGUCAAACAAGAACAAGCAUAUAACUUGUCAGGAACUCCAAUCAUGCAUGAUUUACAAGAUUUCGCAGGGUAUGGUGUUAAUUAUGGUGAUUCUCCAGCACAAAUGAAUAAAUCCCCCAGCUUGCAAUCAAACAAUGGCAAUUAUCCUCCAAAUGAUCUAGUUAAUUCUAAUGGUAACAGGCUGGAUAUCCCAAUAAGCAAUGAUAGUGAAACCAAAUCAGCAAACGGAAGUGAUACAUCCUUGAAAGAAAGAGAACUCGAGCUACGUAGAAAGGAAUUACAAUUACAAGAACGUGAGUUGGAGAUGCAAAGAAAAGCAAUGCAAAUGCAAAUGCGAGGAUUCCCUAAUCAGCCGCAGCAGCAGCAGCAGCAGCAAUUUAAUGGGGCCAGUAGAAAGUCAUCUUAUGCUAAUAUACAACAACCACAGCAACAACAGGCUAUUCAAAAUGGAUAUGGUCGUUCCAAUAGAAUGCUACAUGGUGCCAUUGCACCUUCAGCUACCGUAUCUGCCGGUGAGUUCAUGGAUCCAUUGUCGUCAACGAUGGGUUAUAACAAUGGCAACUAUAAUAAUUAUCAAGGCCAGAUAAAUUCAAAUCAACAGUAUCAAGGGUAUGGUUUCAAACCAACAAGUAGAAAAAAUAGAAAUAGUAAUAUGCAAAUGCUAGGAAACGCUUCAGGUGCAACUGGUCCAACAGGGUCAUUUGCUACAUAUAAUAAACCUCAAAAUGGGAGCUCUAGUCAACCAAACUUGAACCAAUCAAGAAUUGGUUCCAUGACUAGUCAAAAUAUGCUUGCUAGUCAAGCAAGGAAUAGAUCUACACAAAAUGUGGGACCUUAUACCAAUAAUCCUCGUAGCAAUAACGCUGCACCUGGUAUCAAUAGUACAAGCAUGGCAUCAUUACAACAAAGGCAAACUAGUGGCGUGUCUGUUUCCAAUAACGGGGACCCAAAUAUAACAUCAAAUACCGUUAUUCACAAUGUACAACCUGCUAGCACAAACAAUGUGGCAGGUGUAAAGCAAUCAUAUGCACCUGUAUCACUCUCACAGGGCACAUCUGGACCUCCAAAAAUGAGCAUGAACAAUUCGAUGUCAGGCUCUCCAGCAAUACAGGGACAGUCACAAUCGCCAGUCAUACCAGCAUCACCAGAUGUUUCAUCUCUAGCUGAUCAAUCUUCGUCAAGCCACGAAGAUAAGAAAAAGAAAAAGAAAUUUGGUUUCUUUAAAAAGAAGUCCAAAAAAUGA